GGCCUGGGCUGUAUGCACGCCCAACCCACGAUGGGCAUGUGUGCGGCCGGGGGCUGCCCACCGGGCUACCAAUGCGGUCCCUAUGGCUGCGCCCUGCGCCGUGCCCGGGCUCGUAGCUCGAACACAAUGGUGGCUGCAGGUCAACCAGGUUGGUCGGCGACUGAAGAGGAGGAAAAACCUAAGGUAAUUUUUUUGCCCGUCGGUUCCCAGUGGGUUCCCACCACAAACGAGGUCAUUUGGGUGUUUUUGCAGAGUCCAAAUCAGGUGUUUAUGCGAUGCUGUGAGGAGCGCGGUCUGCCCGAUUCGUUACUGAGAAUGUAUCUGAAGCAAGACGCGUGUCCAGUUCAAGCCUCAGCCGAAAUCCAGUUCUGUGCAGCGCAAGGCCGUGAUCAUCGAGAGUGCUGCGCAAGAAACGGUGUAACGACAACGCUGGCCGGUUCGAAAUGUCUGGUGUUCUGCGAUCAGAGACCUGGGAAUGUGACGCAGUUGGACGUGAGUUACGUGAGUUGUUACGAUCGAUUUGACAGCAUGAAACGGUGCUUUUGGCAUGAUCUGAUGAAUCGAUUGGACAACGAGGCGCGUAGUUCGUAG